CCUUUUGCUAGCACCGGAACAGUUGCCGGAGAGUUCAUCCGCCAGCUUAAGAGAUGCCGCCGAAGGGGAAAAGUGGUUCUGGAAAAGGAGGGAAAGGUAGACCUGCCGAGACAGUCAUGGAGCGAGCGUAGGGGUGGAUGGGGAGAAGGACAGGAGUAGACCUGCAGCUGUGUGGGGUGGGGGAGGGAGGUGAUCAUAAGCCGGACAGCAGGGCCACCGGGAGCACCCUGAGCCGCUGUGGUUUAUGUUUGGGCUUCUUGUGGAGGUGCAGCCUCUGGGAGUGACAGUGCUGACAAGAAGUCUCAGGGUCCUAAAGGUGGUGGCAAUGCAGUAAAGGUCAGACACAUUCUGUGUGAAAAACAUGGGAAAAUCAUGGAAGCCAUGGAAAAGUUAAAGUCUGGGAUGAGAUUCAGUGAAGUGGCCACACAAUAUAGUGAAGAUAAAGCCAGACAAGGGGGUGACUUGGGUUGGAUGACCAGAGGAUCCAUGGUGGGGCCAUUUCAAGAAGCAGCGUUUGCCUUGCCUGUAAGUGGGAUGGAUAAGCCUGUGUUUACAGACCCACCAGUUAAGACAAAAUUUGGAUAUCAUAUUAUUAUGGUUGAAGGGAGAAAAUAAAAUCACAUGAAAGACUGAC